AUGGCCUCGACUUCAAAGCAGGUAAGACAGUCCACCUCCCCACCUCCCUCUCUCUUAUUGAGCACUAAAGCGCAAACGACCUUGGAAACUCAAUCUGAUAUGUCAAACCCAAAGUUCCUCGUCGACAUCGAUGGUAACGCCAUCACCACCGAUCAGUGGUACAAGAUCAUGCUCUCCGACGGUACUGAGCUUGGUGUUGGUGCCAUACCAGAUCACCCUGGUAUGCCCAGUGGGCCUGUCCCUUCUGGACAAGGGAUGGUUGUUCGCUAUCGCCUCAAAGAAAAUAACGACACUGCACUCUAUCGCUGGGUCGAAGGUGAAACCGGUUUCAUUCGAGGACUGAGGACGGACCUCGAUGGAACCCAAACCCGCAAGAACCUCAGCUUGUCGUACGCCUUGAACCCGACGGUCCUCGCUUGGUAUGACCCCUCCGUAUCGGGGGCAUCGUACGGUAUCAAGGCAUACCAGCUUCCCGGCAAUAGGAUCGCAUUGUAUGGACUUGACCACCAAGGAAAGGCUCUCGGACUCAGAGUCUAUCGAGAAAGCACCGGGGUUUUAUCGAUUCGGUCGAUGGGAGGAGACUGGGCAUUGAGCUUGGAUGUGGCGUUUGUUCGUAUGGAUAAGACUUUUGCAGUGAACGGUAACCCGUAUUUCUAA